AUGUCACAACAACAACAACUACAACAACAACAGUAUGACUACAACAUUGGACAUGUGAUUGUAUAUCUACCUCAUGUACUAUUAAGAGCAAUCAUUGAUAGUCUUGAAGACAAUAUAGAUAGGAUAUGCUUCAGUUUAAUACGCAACAUUAUGCCAUCCUACAGGGAGAUUGUCAUCAACUCACUACUACACAAGACCAAAUGCAAUUUGAUGUAUUGUACCACUCCCUCGGAGAUUGGUACUUACAGUUGGUUGCCCUAUGACUAUCUUCAAACAUUAGACCUACCUGUACCCGACAAUGUACACCAGGUCCAGUUCACAGAAUCAUUCAAUCAACCGUUGGAAUCAUUACCAAGUUUGGCCAAACCUAAUGUUAAAUGGAUAAGGACAUCAAGGGACUUUAAUCAACCUAUUAGGCCAGGAUCAAUCCCACCCAAUAUUGAGAAGUUGGAGUUUGGCGUCACUUUUAGUCAACCAAUACAGCCAGGCGAUCUACCCAGCACUCUAAAGGACCUCUGGUUGGGCAUGGAGUUUGACAAGAACUUCUCAGGGCCUGGGGCUUUGCCGCCAUCUCUCACAAAGCUGGCACUAUCAUUCCAUCACUACCAGAACUUCCAGCCUGGUGUGCUUCCACAGUCGCUCACCAAGUUGGAGAACCUGGCCGUCACAUCCAUCCACUUGCUGCCCCCAACCGUCACACAUCUUCGAUUGCUGUUUGGCUAUGGCAUGCACUUGAUCCCUGGAUCUAUCCCACACACAGUCACAACAUUGGACUUGGACAACUUUAACGAGAGGCUGGUCGGUGGGAUGAUCCCACCAAGCGUCACCAACCUCAAGUUCAGUCGAUACAAUCAACCGAUCGAUGUCGGUGUCAUCCCAGAGUCGGUAGUCACCCUCGAUCUGGGCGGCAACUACAAUCAACUGGUCGAGCGAUACUGUCUGCCAGAGUCGCUCACCAACCUUCGUCUGAGCACAUGUUUCGACAAGAAGAUACAGCCGGGUUCAUUCCCGGAUGGUCUCAAGAAGUUGCAGUUUGGCACACUAUUCGAUCAAGACCUAGAGCCAGGCGUGCUGCCGGAGGGUCUCGAAGAACUACGUCUGGGCGACAUGAUGAACAGAUUACCAAAGCCUGGCGCGUGGCCUACUGGGCUCACCACACUAUACAUUGGCAAUCAGUUCACUGUGCGCAUAUUGGAGUUGUUACCGCCAUCAUUAAGAUAUCUUGAAUGUUACAGUUUUCAAUUCUUCAAGAAUAAUCCAUUCAAUGAGCUACCAAUGUCGAUCACGAGCAUCACCAAGUCGGACUUGUACCAACUACACUGUAGGCGUGUGGGUCUCGAUCACUGGCUGGUCGUCAACUCAAAGAUGGUAUCAUCAUUUAUAACAUCGGAUAACAUGCUUGAGAGAUUGACCAGAUUGAGUAAGCUUUAA